AUGUUCGUUGUGAUGCGCAACGUUAACGUUCCCGCGUCAGUAGCUACUGAUCUGUGGUGUUGGGUGGGCCAUUCUCGGCCAUUCUCUUUACAAGUUGAGUUGAAGCUUUAUUAAAGUGAUUAGAUUAUUUGCUUUGGUUUUCAUAAUGUGGGUAAUUGCAAAGUUUUUCGACGAAAAUACGGUAGAGGCAGUACCUGAAAAAUGGUUCACUGCAGCUACAACUUGCUGUUGGCCGCCAUAUAGUGGCAAUAGGUUAAAAAAGGCCAUAUUAACAUGUGAGGAGCCUCAGAGCAAUUGGCAACCGAACAAAGCCCGACUGUUAACUAAAAUUCCUUUAGAAAAUUAUAACGAGGCACUUGAAAAAGCAAUAAUGGCACAAAGCACAUCCGAUGUCGAAACACCUAAUGUAUUACCGCACAAAAGAAGAAUUACUAAAAAUAAACGCUAUGAAAAUGACAGUACUUCCUCAAACUCUAAUAAUGAUGGAGAAGAGAGUGAUUUAGAGGAUUUUCCAGAUUAUCAUAAGAGUAAUAAAAGUGAAAAAAACAUUAAAAAGGGGUCAGUUGUACAACAAAAAGGUUGUAAGUCACUAAACAAUAUUAAGCCUCUUGAUCAAAAACCAUCUGAUACAGGUUUGGCUUCGCACUUAAGCAGGGUGCGUGAUAGUGAGCUGCGAGAGUUAAGCAGUAUGCCUGAUAGUAACCCGCGUGAUUACAUGGCCACUAAAGAUUGUCAAUUAGAUAUUGGAACCAAUUAUCGGAGGAGGUCACUAAGUGCAGAUUCUACUCCCAUCGGGUGCAUUGAGUCUUUCACAUCAAAUACAGAUCAGGAUAUGUUCUUAGAUUUGUCCGAUUCAACUUUAAGAAGCCAAGGUCACCAAGACUGCAAAAAUUGCGGCAAGCAAAAAUGGAAAAAAAAUAUUUAUCUAUUAAAUAAUUUGGAUACCAAGGUGGAAGAGUUGACAGUAACUUUAAAUAUUAUAAAAAGAAAUAUGCCCAGGCAAGAGAAAAAGCAAGCUGUCUCCUUGCCUGAAAUAUAUUCAAAUUUUCCGUUACAAACAGCAGAAAAACUGGAUGAACUUGAAAAGUUCUUACAAAUAGAGGAUAAUAUGGUAAACUUUGUAAAUUAUUUGGCUUCAGUCGGAGGAGACACUUCAUACGAAAUAAUAAAAAGAUGUAUGAGCCGCACAUUAUCAAAUCAAGUCGCGAUGUCUUACAAUUGGGAAGGAAUACGCAACAAGAAAAACUUUCAAGUAUUACGAAUGUGCAAGGCUUUGCAAGAGGCAGUAUUAAAAAACCUACACAACCCAACAGAAAAACAAACAGAAAAGGAUAUAAAAACGUGGCUGAAGCACGCCAAAGAAAGAUUUGAGAAAAGCCAAAAGAAUUAACUUCUAUAGAAAUUUAUUUUAUUUUUGUUAAAUUCAAAUUAUUUUGUCAUUAAAAU